AUGUCAAGCAAAGUACCAACAUUCCUUAUUUGGGAUGUAUCAACAUGUAAAUCAACAUCUAUUGAUAUUGUUGAAGCUGUUCAAGACAUAGUUGGCUUAUCAUUUUCGACAAUUUUCGUUUUUGCUAAUCAAGUUAAUCAAAUUCCACAAGCAAUCAGCGAUUUAUCAAUUGCUUUCAAUACAAAUGUUACAUUUGGAGACUAUGCCUUAUAUGAUGUGAUCUCAAACUUAAUUGCCUCAUUAAAUGGAAAGAAACAAUUUAAUAUUGCAAUCGUUUCCACAAAACUCUCGGUUUGGCUUUCAUUAUUCCAGCAAAAGCAGCCAUCAAAUCUUUUCAUUUUCUCAACAACAGAUCCGCGCCAAGAUUUUGAUUUUUCAUUCUUGCCUCCAACAAUUCCAACCAAAAUUUACAGCUGGCCAAACUUAGAUAUAAUAGAUGGUGAUGUUUCUGGCAGCAAUCUUCAUGUCGAAGAAGAAUCACCAAAGGAGCCACCACCAAAGAAGGCUCGAGAAGCCAAAUCUAACAGAUCUGAAAGAACAACACCAAGUUCUCAGAAGUCACAACCAAUUCAGCGUUCUUCAGAAGAAGCUGAAGAAGAUUCAUUCUCUUACAACGAAGAAGCUCUUCAAAACACUGAAGAGUCCGAAUUACAGCAGCAUGAUCAGGCUUCAAUCUCACAAGAAUAUGAAACAGCUCCAUCCCAGAAUUCACCAAUUUCUGCAGCAUCUCCAGUCUUUGCACAGAGAAAUCUCCUUGAAUCAAACAAGAGAUUAAACUUCAACAGAACAGAGCCAAAGGAAGAAUCAGAGAAUUCUCCUCCACUGAUAGCUAAGUCCAGCAAGGCUAGAACACAGAGGAUUUCAGCUCCAAAUGCUGGUGCAAAAGCUAUCCAAGUUAGUGCACAAUUCAAGCCGCUUGUUGAAUCAAUGAAACUUGUAGGAAAGUCAAUGGUUUCGUAUGGAGACUUCUUGACAUCGCUACGUGGUUGGUGCAAAGUUGAAAAUACCCAAGUUGACGAUCCAAUGGAAUUAAUUAACGCUGGUGUUGCAGCAGGUGUUGUUAUUUAUGAUGCUUCUAUCAAUUAUCUUCGUUUCAGAAAUAGAACUCUCUCUACAUCAAAUGUAGAAUAUGUUUAA